AUGGACCAGGGUAUCGAAAGCGGCCUUGGUGAGGAGAAUAUACUCGUUGGAGGCUGCUUCGGCCGUUCAGACAGCUUAGGGUCGCCGUUGUCCAGGGUCAUACCUGCCCCUCAAACUAAGGGUGGAGAAAUGGCGUUGCCUCCUUCCCACGUCGAGACACCAGCGCGGUCCCGGGACGCUUCCUCGGAACGCUGCCCUGAGACCGCCCCGGCGAUCAAAGUAUGGGAAGAGGACGCGGGCAUCGACGACUCUGGCUUAUCAUCAUUACAAAUGGACAUUGGGCCUUCCGACGAGGACAUGAGCCAGGACAAUGACGGUGUCUUGUUUCAAGCCGCUGACGAGGACGGCAUCGUCGACUCCUUCACGUCCUCCCUGUCAGCUCUCACGGAACUAUCCGACGUCUCAUCGCUCAAAUCUGCAAGCUCAAGCAAAGCUACUACCCCUGCCGAGGCCGAAUCAACACGAUCCCAGCAGAACGACGGACAGGCUCGAAUCUUCACACCCUUGUCCUAUCACCACGGUAUUGACCGGCUCAAUUUCACAGUUCUUCCCAAAUCGUCCAUCCCCACCGACAUCCCCCCUCAUCAAUACGCUGCUGAAUGCAUCGAAGCGGCGGAGUCGUCGCGACUCAAUCCGUAUGCGCUCCAUCCAGACGAGUAUCAUUUGCUUCGACAUCAUAUUUCGCAUUCCCAGGUCACAACGUAUCUCAACCUGAGAAACCGGAUACUGCGCAUAUGGAUCAGGCGCCCCUGGGCAUGUGUUACUCGUCAGGAGGCCGUGGGCUGCGCCAGCGCACGAUGGUUCGAUGCUGCCAGUGUCUGCUAUGACUGGCUGGUUCGGCGGGGGUACAUCAACUUUGGAUGUGUCGCCUUGCCAGAAACCCUCGUCACCGAGCACGACAUGCCGCGAGUCAAGAGACGCAAAACAGUGGCAGUUGUUGGCGCCGGUAUUUCCGGUUUGGCAUGUGCGAGACAACUGGAAGGCCUUUUCAAACAGCACGCGGACAGGUAUCACGAUGGUGGGGAGGAAAUACCACGCGUCGUGGUUGUGGAAGGCAGACGUCGCGUCGGUGGCAGGGUUUAUUCGCGCGAGUUCCGAUCCAAGCCCAUCAACGACGUUACCGACUUCAACGGCAAAAGACAUACCGCCGAGAUGGGGGGCAUGAUUAUCACGGGCUUCAACAGAGGCAACCCAAUGAACGUUCUCGUCCGUGGGCAGCUGGGACUUCCAUACCAUACCUUGUCAGCCGAGACAACGAUUUACGACAGCAACGGAAAGCCGGUAGACCCUGUCCGUGACGAGCUAGUGGAGAGGCUAUACAAUGACUGUCUCGAUCGAGUGAGCGAGUACAAAUUCAAACCACAGCCUUCCAAGUUGAUUGAAGGCAACCGGGAUCUUUUGGACGAAGGGCGAGAUAGCCAAAACGACGGAAACAACCCUAGAUCCAUCAUGCAGGUAGAAGAGGCAACAGCGGCCCUACCUCACGCGCCCCCUGUAUCUCAGCAGAGCGUUCCUGAGAAGGUCAACAUGGUGCCGGUUUCGGCGGACAAGCUCACCGGGCGAGUGCACACCGAACCCGGAGUACCUGGCACACUGCGUGCAUCGGAUAAGGCGAAGAUAAUGGGCUGGAAUCUAAGACCCGGUGCUUCUAACGAUCCCGACAUCGACCUCGUCGCUGCUGCGGCUCGCGAAGAAGCCACCCUAGGUUCUUUGCUGGACUUCGCGAUCACACAAUACCGACAACUAGUGGAUCUGAAUCCUCAAGAUCAUCGGCUCAUCAACUGGCACAUAGCCAAUCUCGAAUACAGCAAUGCCACGAACCUGCACAACCUGAGCCUUGGGCUAUGGGAUAUUGAUGCUGGCAACGAGUGGGAAGGCCACCAUACUAUGGUUGUGGGAGGCUACCAGAGUGUUGCCCGAGGCCUACUGCGUUGCCCAAGCAUGUUAGACUUGACCUCAAAUUUCCCUGUCAGCAAGAUCAAGUACCACAGUGAGGACUUCACCGGCCCUGCGUGCAUUGAAUCAGAGGACGGCAGAGUCAUCGAAGCCGACUGCGUCAUUUGCACAGUUCCACUAGGUGUCUUGAAACAAGGAAAUAUCACGUUUGACCCUCCGCUGCCUGCGUGGAAGACGGAUGCCAUUGAGCGUCUUGGAUUCGGGGUCCUCAACAAGGUGGUAUUGGUAUACGACAAGGUGUUCUGGGAGCAACAUCGGCACAUCUUCGGUGUCCUUCGCGACGCCCCGAACCGCCACAGCACGUUGCAGAAGGACUAUGGGCUGAACCGCGGUCGCUUCUUCCAAUGGUUCAACGUCACAAGCACCACCGGCCUGCCGUGCCUCAUCGCUCUAAUGGCUGGCGAUGCUGGUUUCGAGACAGAGCACUCCAGUAACGACCAGCUCAUUUCUGAGGCCACAGAAAUAUUGCGAAGUGUCUUCGGCAAAGAGGUUCCCUAUCCUGUCGAGUCGGUGGUGACUCGCUGGGGCUCAGACCGAUUUGCGCGCGGCAGCUACUCAUCAGCUGCUUCUGGAAUGUUGCCGGAUGAUUAUGAUACCAUGUCGCGAGGCAUAGGCAACCUUUUAUUUGCUGGCGAGCACACGAUCGGCACCCAUCCGGCUACGGUGCACGGGGCCUAUCUGUCGGGUUUGCGAGCGGCUUCCGAGGUCUUGGAGGCAAUGCUCGGCCCAGUGGAAGUACCAACGCCGCUUAUCCUACCAAGGGACUCACUCUUAUUACACAAACGUAAGGAGGCCGCCAAGGAUCCCAGACAGGCUCGCUUGGAGGCGUACGAAGUUGAGGUCUGGGACUUCAUUCGCUUACAGAUUGGAGAGAGACCUGCCCGACCGAACAAGGUCGCGGGGAACGCUUACCUACUCUAUAGCAAGGCGCAUUUUGAAGACGCGAAGAAGCGGUGCGAGGAGAACCGCAAGACCGGCAAGACGCGCAGCUUACCGAAUGAAGUGCGCAUGAUGACCUCCAAGAUGUGGAAGGAGGCCACACCAGAAGAACGCAAGCCUUUUGAGGACGAAGCAGCUCUCCAGAAGCGAGCUUAUUCCGAGGCCAUGCAGAUAUUCAACGAUGAGUCCCAGAAAUGGGAUCAGAGGGCAAUGUCCCUCAGGGCCACGUACGAAAAGGAGCAUCCGUUUGAAUCGGGCGACGGCGACGCUGCAUACGAAGCGCGGCUCUCGCACAAGCAUCGCAGGGCCAGGCAUGUAAGCUACGUGGAGGGUCAACCCAGCGAGAUGGACAGGUGA